CACUGUCCGUCUAUGCUAGGAACUCGGGGCUGGGAAAACAGCUGAGUCAUCCCAUUAGGCUGCCAUCCCGGGAGCGGCAGUCCCCGGACCCGCGCCCCAGCUGCGCCCGCCAGCACCUCCGCAGGUAAGGGGCCGCAGUUCCAUGGACCAAACACAGAGAAGGAUCCCGGGCCAGCCCCUUUCUAUGCCCACCACCCAGCCCAAGAAGAAAAGGACUCCAAUGAUGUCUUUCUUUUCCAAGAUCUCUUGGAAACUGAGGUUCCAGAAGAGGGAGCAUUUGAAGAAUGUGCUUUACAUCUUGGCAGAAAGAGCCCGGGACCCCAGUGCUAAAAAGCGUCGCAUGGCAGUGAGAUGCCUGGGAACCAUGGCCCGUGAGAACCCCGACAAGGUGAGAAAGUAUAAGAAAAUUGUCCUAGACCUGCUGGUGCGUGGAUUGUAUGAUCCCAUGAGUGCUGAAGUCAUUCACGAGAGUCUGAAGACUCUGACCAUCAUCCUGGGCAAGAUCCAAGGGAAAGGCUUGGGCUCCUUCUUCAUAGACAUCACUCUUCAGACCAGGAUGCUACUAGAUGACGAGAAUGACAGCCUGAGAUACUCAGCCUCUGUCUUGUUUGGGCAAUUGCCUGCCUUUGCUGGGCGGAAGUGGAAGAAGUUUUUCACCAGUCAAGUUAGGCAGACCCGAGAUUCCCUCCUGAUCCAUUUACAGGACAGAAAUCCCCAAGUGGCCAAGGCUUGCAAAGCCACAUUCCGAGCCUGUUCUCCGUAUCUGAGGCAGAGGAAGGAGCGCAGCUUCCAGAGUGAGGACGAUGGGAGGAACCCCAAGCUCUGCCGGCAGCUGAGCCUCUACCAUCCAGAGCUCCUGCAGUACUUCUACGCAAAUAAAAUUCUGUAAAUGCAGAGCCGAGGGGAAAUGCUUCCUGUGAGCAGAUUGCAGGAGGGCUGAUGGCUCCCUCUCCUAACUCUUCAGAUGCUCUGCCUGCUUCUGGCAAUGGCGAUAGAAAAGGGGGUAUUGGGAGAGCAGCUGCGGCAAAAGGAAUACUGGGGUAUGGUAUGAUUAUAUCCGCAGCAAAGCUGAAUGAUUGUCCCAUGUCCGUUUCUCCCCAUGCAAGUUUGAUGAGCAGGCCCAUACUUACUUUGAUGCAUUUAAAGUCUAUGUUGAUUCAAUGCUUAUUUCUCAGCUUUUUCCUUAAGUUCAAUGCUAUCACAUCAUCUUUUUUU